GAGACCCUGAUCGACCUAGCUGCACUCCAAGCCAAGGACAAACACUCCUCAUCCCAAGACGAUGGGCCACAGCGUGCCCUUGGGAAAGUACCUGGUAGGAUUCCUUCUGGUAGUCCUGUUCCAAGAAGGAGCGGGAGACAACAUCGCCAGGUACCCACCGCCUAAACCAACAACAACAGGUCAGGUCUCGUUAAGGUACUGUCGAGGGAUAGAAAGUAUCUUUGAGCUGAAUUUUUGUGAUAUGCUGCCCUGUGGGACCAGGAAGGACCGGGUCUACCAGGCAGAAAAGUACAUGUGCGUAAGCACCAGACGAGACGGUAGCUACAUGAGAGAUUAUUCCUGCGAGGCGUGGUUUCAGACAUCGUGGCUUACCCAUCCUGGGUACAAGGAGGGCUAUUAUCCCCUGAGGUCCAACUACAAGGAAAUCCAAAAGGGAAUCUCCCUUACCAGAAGAUUAUAUGGCUAUAAAGAAGUCUGGAGCAAUAAUGGUCUAGCAGUCAAGGGAGAGUCAAUAUUCAUAAAGUUAAGGGCAGAUUUACUCAUUCCCGAAAACAGAUCUCAUAAGACAGACAAAGGCCUGGUUUUUCUAACGUUAAGGGCGGAUACUUAUGGGGAGGACCUAAAGGUAAUUAUCCAUCUAUCAGGAGUUGCAUGCGGUCCCAAUAAAUUUCCAUCUAGAGGGACGUAUGAUUCCUUAGGAGCGCCUCAUCUCUCACCACCCCCGGUAGUGCACCCAAAUGGAGGGACGCACGAAGAAUAUUGGGAGGUAAAGACGGGUGAGCUUGAUCAGAACAUGUGGUUAAAAUGGAUGAACUACACGGCCCGGGCCCAGGGCAAGACCAACUGCAUUAUCUGUGCCGCCGGCCGCCCCUCCUUGACCACAGCCCCCGCUAGAAUCACCCCGCAUAAUUCACCGCAAGGUUUUGUUUGUUUAUUGGAAUUAUUCGUGGACGGCCACAUCCCAGGGUGCACAAUUGCAAUAAAAUCCAGACUAAAUAACAUGUAUCCUCAGACCCCGAUUAGAUCUUUACCCCCAAGAUUUGAAGUUAAUUUAACUCCGGACUAUCAUUGUAUCACAGGAAGGGGAACAGGGAGAAAGGUGGGAUCAUUUCCUCUUGACUCUUGUAACACCACUAGAGAGAUAAAAUUGUUGUCCAAUAUGACCCGUGCCCGUAGUGAUAUAUGGUGGUUCUGUGGAGGUCUGAUCCUCAGGGGAGUUCUCCCCUUUGAAUUCUCAGGAACAUGCGCAAUCAUACAGUUAAUAAUGCCCAUCUACAUUUUACCCGAUAGCAAGACGGUGAUGGAUCUCACAUUAUCCAGCAACGGUGGUCUCCCGGACUUGACCCGUCGGAAACGAGAGUAUGCACCAGUCCCGGGUAGUUUUGAUAAAAACAUAUACAUAGACGCAAUAGGAGUACCCCGAGGGGUCCCCAACGAACAUAAAGCCCGGAAUCAGGUAGCGGCAGGAUUUGAAUCAGUUCUAUUUUGGUGGUCUACUAUUAAUAAAAAUGUUGACUGGAUAAAUUACAUAUACUAUAAUCAACAACGGUUUGUUAAUUUUACAGAAGAGGCAGUCAAAGGACUGUCCGAACAAUUGGAUGCCACCUCCCGGAUGACCUAUCAGAAUAGGCUAGCUUUAGAUAUGUUAUUAGCAGAACGAGGAGGGGUGUGCGGGAUGAUAGGGACAACAUGUUGUACAUUUAUCCCCAAUAACACAGCACCAGAUGGGUCCGUGGCCAGGGCAUUGGCUGGACUGCAAUCCCUCAAGUUGGAGUUGGCCGAGAACUCCGGUAUUGGUGACCCAAUAGCUGGAUGGAUGGAGAACCUGUUUGGCCACCUGUUACUGACACGACGACGGAGAACCUGUUUGAAGGCUCCCAUGAUGUAGGAGUAACCCCUCUGAGUUGAGCCCUUGACAAGGAGGGACGAGUCUUGGGUUCAUGAAUUACAGGCCAGACGGCGACAGAAAAAACAAUGACUGCAAUAAUAACAAGCCCAAAACCACCCACAUGAACCGGCGCACCAAAACACGAAGAUCACCUGAACCCCCCAAAUCUAUUCCCAAACCACCCACAUGAACCGGCGCACCAAUACACGAAGAUCACCUGAACCCCCCCAAAUCCAUGAUAGCUUGUCAAUUAUUUUGAAAUUUUAAAAUUGUAUUAUGUCUACCAAUUUUUACUUUACUUUUACACAUGAUGAAAAUUGUAUGGCCUUGUAGCACAUAACCAAAAGUAUUAGCUCAGGAUUUCUAUGAGUGGUUUUGUUUGUGUGAUAUUUGGCCAUGUGAUUUUAUGAUAACAAGAUUUAUGUUCAUUGUUGUAUUGUUAAAUAAUGACCUGUAUUUCCAAUGAGACCCACAAGGUGGAUGCCAUUUCAGUAUUAUGAGCCCGUUGUGGUUUUUCCCCUCUAUUCAAGAGUUUUCCACAACGGUAGAUGGUGUUGAUCCUAAUUUGACUGUUUUCGGUGUGGUAAAUGGUGUUUAUGAUUUAAAAUAUUAUUGUAUGGUCAUCUGAGAUGACCAAGGAGGGACUGUUACGUAUUUUAAGAAUCUAAGCUACCCACACAUAGCCUCAAUGAAGACCAAACAUAUUAGCCGUAAAUACCAUACAUAGCCACAAGAGGAGCCUUACUGAAGGCUGCAAUAGAUACUUUAUCCACAGAGGGCAGCACCACAGACCAAGCGAGGAAACCGAGGAUUACGUCCCACCGGUUUUCUCCAAGUCUUCCGGUCCUCCGAGUCCAUAAGAAAGCCUCCACAUCUUGAAGACAAGCAGAACUCUCCAGGCAGCGCUAGGACAUUCGUGGGCUAAAGUCUUAGACCAGCUAGGAGAACACUCUCGCACGUGCUAAGGCACAUCUUCAAUCUCUCUUAACUUCAGAGCAUCAGUUUACCAUACCGAAAAUACUUUAUACAAAUAAAGUAUCUCUUUAAAGCUAUUCCUUUGGAUUCGACCCCUCUUUCCUUGAAGAACAUG